AUGGUGGAGACGCCUGUGGUUGAGGAUGCGAGGGAUGCGCUUCUUGGUGUCGCUCGAGAAUUUAAUGGGAAUGCUUGGCCCAUUUCGGAUGAGUCCGUAGAGGGUGUGACCAGGAGGUUAUUGCAAGUAAUUCUUCGACUUGAACAGUACUUACUGGAUUCUAAGAUGGUAAAGGUCGAGAGAGUAACCUUACCCACGCCUGAUUUGCCUGUUCCGCCACCUGGGUUUUCACUCAAAACUCCCACAGCCAAAAGUGCCACCACCUCCGCCGCCGAUGGUGUCUCACAGCCCCUAUCACCGCCCCCAUCAGAAGAAGCUUCAAGGGAGCAGUCACCUGCAGGUACGAGUACCAGGCGUACCUCUAGACGAAGAGUUCGGCCCCAGUUUUAUAGCCCAGCACUACCACCACAACAGUAUCGACGCUGCAGAAGCCGCCCUUCAAAAGCUAGAUCCAUGUCCCAGCUUUCUUAUCAAGAAAAAGUAACUGGAAAAUGUAAUCGGCAUUCUGUAACAUUUUCCAGAUGGCAAGAGCAGAUGACAUAUGUUUCUCAAUCAAGAUCUCAAAUAAAUAAUGGAACUACUACUACUCCAUUACCUAGUCAGGAAACUGAGCAAGCUCCAAAUAUUAUUGGGAAGUCCAAUGGUAUUACUGUGGACAAAAAUCGAGCAAGUGACACUAACAGCAAUGGUAUUGCUGUGGACAAAAAUCAAGCAAGUGACACUAACAGCAAAACAAAUCUUGCCCUGACCCUGAAUUCCAUAACUGAAAAGCAUGGCGAUAUUACUAAAGAUUGUUUAUUGGAGUCUGAUCGUAUGAAGACUCUUGUUCUGUUUGGUAUCUGUGAAGUGGUGCAAGACCUACAGAAGAAACAGUUGAAAGAGAUUGAUGUUUCUAUGCUAGAGUCUUGUUAUUCAGCUGUCCAAGAUGCGGAAAAAAUGAAGAUGAAUGUGAAAUGGCUACGGAAUCGACUUGAUGAAAUCAAAGAUGCCACGUUAUCAGCUGGUGAAGCAUUAAGGCUCAUGGAUGAAAAGAAAAGGCUAAUGAAGAGUAUUGAAAAUAAGAGGAAAGAUAUACUACUGCACAAGGGUGAAUUAAAGAGACUUAAUUCAGAAAUUGAAGAAAUGGAAGCUUUUGGAGCGGAUGCCUUUGAUGGACUGGCUUAUAUAGAUUUACUUGAGGAUAGUCUCUGGAAUUGA